AUGGCGGUGGAAGGCCGGAGUGGUGCCACUGCUACCGUUACGCAGCACUCACUGAAAUCUAAAUCAAGCUUCGCCGACCUCCAAACACGCCUUGUACGCAUGCUGCUCAAGAACAUGAAAAAGCAUACAUACCAUCAAUUUUACCGCAUGCAUCCCGCUCGCGCACCUUGCCUUAUAUUGAGAACGAAGGAUAUCUUCUCCCAAAUCUUCUUAGGAUCCCGGAGGUCCUCCAAACCUAUUUUGGGGGCCACUAAUACCUUGCCCUGCGACCGCAACAAUCACGCUUUCAGGAAAUCCACCCUCUGGCGUAUGUUUAUCCCGUCUGCAGCGGAUUCGAAUCCCCACGCACAAGCCUUCUUGAAUUCAGCCAUCCCCGAUCAUGCACCCUCCCGUAUCUGUCCUCCUAUAAAUAGUCUCAUUCAAGGGGCAACUACCUGGCUCAAGGUUAUCAAGCCUAUUUGCACGACUGUUCCAAUCGCUGGGAGCCCGAUAAAGGGCAUAAUUAAAUGUCUGCUUGAAAUAUUAACAAUUUAUGAACAAAGUAAAGUUAACCAGCACGACAUCGCUGGUCUGAAAGAACGUCUCGGACGCCUCGAUAGGUGUCUAGAACAUAUUCAAUCAUCCCAGCUCCCCUCGCCAUACAAACCCGAUGAUUUCCUGCGCAGGUCUUUGCGUAAAACGUUGUCUGAGAUAACAGCCAUUUCUCGCUCUCAAUCGUCAAUAAUCUCAACGCGGUCCGUCGAGAAAACUAUCAAAAGGUGUACAGAGGAUGUGAAUCAAGCGAUCUUGGAUUGUAUGAUGAUUAUGAUAUCCGACGUAUGGGUGGGCAACGUUGGUCACUCCAGAGAGACCAACAUAUUUCAUGGAAGGGUCCCGUAUGGCCUCGCUGCUACCCAGGAAACACCGGCGCCAUUACAAAAUGAAGGAGUUACCGACAUGUCACCAAUUGUAAAUAUCAGAAUGGAAAUUCGUGCGUGUUAA